UCCCUAGGUAGGUUUCUGGCUUUUAAGUCUUUUUUUUUAUUAUUAUUUUGCUGAUUAGAAAUAACUAAUUUGUUUGCAAAGACAAGUGACGUUGCUGUGACGCAACUCAUGUGCACGUAGUAUUUGUCAAGCAUCUUUCUUACGUAAAGACUGCAGGUCCAGCUCUUAUAUUUAAAAGACCUUCCGCUCCUCAAUUACAUCUGAAUUGGUCGAUAUGAUGAAUGCUCAUGGACAAGGAUCAGUCAGAGGAAACUCAAACUUCAGACAAGACCGAGUGUCCGUCUGAACCAGAAUCAUCAGCUUAUUCACCAAAAACUGACAGGCAAAGAGCCAAAUCUCUGCCUGUAGAUCUAUACCAGCAUCAAUCUUCCUCACACGAGGAACAUCCAGUCCGAGGAAAGAGAGUCCAGUUUGCAGACAUGAUGGGGUUGAACCUGGCAAACGUCAGACACUUUGACAUCUCAGAUGAUGCAAAUGAAACAUCUGGACUCCAGAAUCAUCCUCCAAACCAGCAGCUUCAGCAUCUGAGUUUAGCAGCAGCCUUUGACAUGCCUGUUAGUUCGCUGGAGUUUGAUAUGAAGUCACGCCGUCUGGGAGUCGCAUUGGAGAGUGUCACAAUAACCACUUCUGAAGUGAAGGGUGUGAUAAGAGUGAGGCAGAGCAACGCAAGGGAAGUUGGGGUCAGGUACACUUUAAACAACUGGCUGACAUUUUCAGAUAUACAAGCUGCAUUAAGACUGAAUGAAGAAAAGGGACUAGAGUGGCAGAAGUUUGACUUCGUUUUGCACACGCCAUUCUGUUAUGACAAAGAUUGAUCAGUGCAUUUCGCAGUGUAUUGUCAAACUGAUCACGGAAGAUACUGGGACAAUA